UUAUAAAAAUCACCCGUAAAAGUUUUCUGUGAUAUUGUAUACUUAGUACAAUGGAAUCUGAAAGUUCUGUUAUUUUGGAAUCAUGUGAGGAAGAUUCAAUUUUAAUUGCAACUGUGAAAGACAUGGUUGAUGAAAAUACACAUACUGAAUUAGAAAGUGAAGAAGGUUUUUUUGUAGAAACAGAUAAUCAGAAUGAGCAACAAAAUGAGAUAGAAGUUUCAAAUGAAGAAUCAACAGUAAUACAAUUGGAAAAAGUAUUUUCUUGGUCCUCUUUAUGUAGAGUAUGUGCUAAUACCAAUGAUCAUAUAAUUCCAAUAUUUGAAGAAGAAGGUUUACAACAUGAUUUAUGUAGCAAAAUACAUAAAUAUCUACCUAUACAUAUAUCUGAAAAUGAUACACUUCCAUUGCAACUAUGUUAUCAUUGUGCUGCUACAUUACUAGCAUGGCAUGAACUAUUAGAAGGAUGUUUGAAUGCAGAAAGAAUAUUAAUAGAAAUGCAAGAUGGUUUGCAAGAAAAACAGAAUCAACAACAAGAAACUGAAAAGGGUCAAGUUCUUGUGGAAUCAGCUGUUAAUGAUUCAGACAGGUUCGGUCUACCUCGGAAGAAAUCCUUCGCGGCAUAUUGCUCAUGGCAACCGACAUUCAGUAAAACGAACACUAAAGAAAGUAUAAAAGAAAAAACCACCGAUAAUGACGAUAGCAUUAAUUCAUUUGACAAUUGUAGUACAGGUUUUAAUAUGGUAGAGAUGAUGGGAGUCAUGCUAUCUCCUCACAACGAGAAACUUAAUUCACCAAAGAGUCAAUAUUCUUGCAAAAAUUGUCAGCAAAUGUGUAAAACAGAAUACCACUUGACACGGCAUAUAUCUCAAUGUAAAAAUAAAAUGAAAAAUAAUAUCGAGAAGAAAAAUAAACGCUCCAAUGGUCGAAGCAUAUCAAACGUGAGAGAAUUGAACAACAAAGAAGAUAAAAAUCUGAUGGACCAAGGUCGUAAAAAUUGGAAAUUGUUCAAACGAAAAAGAUACGAAACGUAUCCAUGUAUGUAUUGCGAUUACACAGUCAAACAGAAGAAGCUGCUCGAGGUACAUUUGAUGGAGUUGCACCCGGAAUUCACCGGGAAGAAAGAUAAGAAAUUAAAAUGUGCUGAUCGUGAAAUGGUGAUGCGCGCUAAAAUGGAAAUCGAUGGAAAGGUUUAUUAUCAUUGUAAUGAAUGUGGUAAAAACCUUUAUUCACCGUAUACGUUCUUUUGGCACGUACGAAUACACACUGGAGAACGACCGUAUACUUGUCAUUUAUGUGGCAAGCAAUUUCGUGUUAACCAGGGUCUGGUUAGACAUUUACGCGAAACGCAUGCUGGCAUUAAGAAUUUUCCAUGCGACAUCUGCGAUCGAAUGUUCUCGACGAAACGUAGCGCAGAAGAUCAUAGACGUAUACACACCGGUGAACGACCAUACAUUUGUAACGUUUGCGGAAAAUCGUUCAAGCAAAAGGCUUCUCUGUUCGUACAUAACCGUACACAUUCGGACGUCUUUCCUUUUAAAUGUAAUUACUGCAAUCAAAAUUUUCGAACCAGACCACCGCUCAUGGUACACAUAACCAAACACACAGGUGAAAAGCCGCACACGUGCGACAUAUGCGGUCGAUGUUUUCGUAUAAAACACGAGCUGAAACGUCAUCGUUUAAUACAUUUCGACGAGAAACCGUGGCAAUGCACAGAAUGCGAUCUCUCAUUUCGACAGAAGCGCUAUUUAGUUAAUCAUAGAAAAAUUAAUCAUAACACAGAUUCGUUCGUGGCUGACGUGAAGUAA